GUACACGAAACAGUAAAAAUAUUAUGACAUCUGUCCGUUAUAUUUGAAUUAUUAGAGACAAAUAUAGACUGAAGAUAAGGUUAGUCAACAAUGCGUGAGGCUGUACAGUGAUGCCCUGAAAAAAAAAAUGAAGUAGACGACUGACGGAGACAAGAAAGCUUAUUUUGCGGAUUUAGGCGUGCUUUGGUAGCAUGCAUUGGCUUUCUGAAGUUAAAAGAAAAUAUAAAUGGACUCUUGCGAAAUUCUGAUGAUUUGAGUUGGCCAUUUUCCCAAACCAGUGAAACAGUAAUGUCAAAAAUGAUUCAUAGAAUUAGACUAGUAAAUAUAUCUAUGGCAGCUUACCUUUCUUUUGCCAUCGUUGGAAAUAUAUUUUUACAUUCUCUGGAUAUAAGAAAAGCUAGUGUGGCCGUGUCAUUUUUAAUAGAAGUUUAUCCACCUUUAAAAGUACCUGCUAUUGUGGGAUAUUUUUUGCUAGAUCAGUUUAUCGGUUUAGUUAUGGCUGCAGUAAUGGAAAUAUUUAACGCAAUGGUGCACUUACAUAUUAUACAAAUAUAUUUGUUAAAUAAUUACAUUAAACAAAGCAUAGUAUUUAGUGGUGACUGGACAUACAAUUGGACAGAACUACUUUACAAUGAAAGUUAUCAGAAUGAAGUUUACAAAGAAAUUAUUUUCAUAUAUCGAAGAAAAAUUACACUUCAGACAUUCAUCAAUGAUUUGUGGUCCAAAAUGUAUAUUCGUUUCAUAGCUGGUAUCGCCAUAUUGAUUGGAUAUCUUUACACCAUUGUUUUAAUAUUUAUGUUAAAUCAUUUUACAAAAGUAUCUAUAAUCGCCAUGUUGUGCUUCUCGAUUGGCUAUCCCUAUGGAAUGUAUCAUCAUUAUAACUCUGGACAAAAAAUGCAAGACGAGUAUAGUAAGGUGUACCAGAAAUUUCUGGAGAUGCCAUGGUAUGCUUGGAACAAGAAGAACAAAAAGGCAUAUCUAAUAAUAUUGACCAAUACCCAAAUUGUAACAAAGUUGCCGAUUUCAUUCAACGAUAAUUUUAACCGGUUAUAUCUUAUUAAGGUUUCACAAAGACUAUAUGCGUUUUUUAACUUCCUUUAUAAAACAACGUAAUGAUAAAUGUAUGGUUUUCAGUGUUUUCAAGCUACAAAUUAAA